AAGUGCUUAUAACAGAACAAGAGGAAGCUCGUGUUUUGCGCGCAAGAGAUUUGUGAGACUUCUUGGCGUUAUGCUAACAUAGUCUGGGAUUUUAAUUUUCACGAAAGGUUGGACAGUUUCCAUGUGAGUGUUUCUGGAAGGAGGGUUGAUUGAGUGGAAAGCAUUUCUGCCUGGCGUUCGAAACAAGGGGAGUGUGGUGUGACAUUGCAACAGGACUUUCCCUGGGCUCAUUGGUUGGUGUUGGCUUCUGUUUGAAGAGCAAUGGAGCAGAACAACAGUUUGCCCCCUUUCCCCCAAGGACUUGCGUCCCCCCAGAGUGUAAUGACGCCUGGUCCUCCAAUCUUCAGUCCCAUGAUGCCUUAUGGCACUGGGCUGACUCCGCAGCCUGUGCAGAACACCAACAGUCUGUCUGCACUGGAGGAGCAUCAGAGGCUGCAGCAGCAGCAACAGCAGCAGGCCUCGGCACAACAAGGGGGGGUUGCAGGCACAUCCGGACAGACCCCCCAACUUUAUCACUCCCAGGCCAUCACCACGACAACGGCACUGCCUGGCAACACGCCACUCUACACCACCACCCCUCUCACGCCCAUGACCCCCAUCACCCCUGCAACACCUGCAUCAGAAAGUUCUGGAAUUGUCCCCCAGCUUCAAAAUAUUGUAUCCACAGUUAACUUGGGAUGCAAAUUAGACUUGAAAACGAUAGCGUUGCGGGCCAGAAAUGCUGAAUACAACCCAAAGCGUUUUGCUGCAGUCAUCAUGAGAAUACGAGAGCCCAGAACGACUGCCCUCAUCUUCAGCUCAGGAAAAAUGGUGUGCACAGGAGCCAAGAGUGAAGAGCAAUCACGCCUUGCAGCCAGAAAAUACGCCAGAGUAGUGCAGAAGUUGGGGUUCCCUGCGAAAUUCCUCGACUUCAAGAUUCAGAACAUGGUUGGCAGCUGUGAUGUGAAGUUCCCCAUUAGACUGGAAGGGCUGGUACUCACCCACCAGCAGUUCAGCAGCUAUGAGCCUGAGUUGUUUCCUGGGUUAAUCUACAGAAUGAUCAAGCCUAGAAUUGUGCUUCUGAUAUUCGUAUCUGGUAAAGUCGUACUCACAGGUGCAAAGGUUAGAGGAGAAAUCUAUGAAGCAUUUGAAAACAUCUACCCCAUCUUGAAAGGAUUUAGGAAAACAACAUAAGGAUUCUGCACAAUGGGAUCUUUUGAUUCAUUUAUGCUGUGAUCGAAUACUUUUGGACAUUUUUGUAUUAGGCCUGUACAGUUGCAUUGAUAUGUAUGAAUGUAAGUAUGUUUGUGUGUAUAUAUAUAUAUAUAUAUAUAUAUAUAUAUAUAUAUAUAUAUAUAUAUACAUCUAGGGCUCCCUCAAGUCACCAUACAGGUGUGGCAAAACCAGAGAAGAAAUUUGCUUGAACUGAUUCAUUUGCCUUUUAAUGUAUUUUAAAGAUGGUCCUCCAAGCCUGUUCAUCAGUCAAUCACAUUUUAGGGAAAACAUUUUAACAUGUUAGUUUUAGUCAUUUCUGUACCCAUUCACACAUUCCUUGUUCUGGUUGAUGUUUAAAGUGUACAUAUGGCUGAGUUCUGUUUCUUGGCAUAUUUGAAGUACUUACAAUGUGUGAACCAUUUGAAAAUUAGUUAAUGGUUUGAAUGUGGCUGAAUCGGUUUUAUGUACUUUUUGAAUGGCAUCAACCUGUUCUUAUAAUGGUGGUACAAGAAUUGUCUCCUGAUUCUAGUCUUUGUAAGAAAAGCUGUUCUGAAUGGGGGUGGGGGAGUUGUGGUGGCCAGACAGGCCUUUUUUGUUUUAUUCUUUUUAUUUAAUUUAUGUUUUUAGUAUAUGUAAUCCAUGUUUUGUUUUUUUUAAAAUGAAUGAAAUGUCACAGUUCUGUCAUUUCUUUGUGCAUUUUAUCAUGAGCCACAUUGUUUCAUGGCUUGGUUUUCCAUCUUGCCCCUUUUCAAAAAGCACUCUUCUGUGAUCACUUCUAGUUUUGCCCUGUUCAUCAGUUCUAUCGUGGGCAAAAAUAAAUCCUUAACUUACCAAA